UGAACGUGACCACACUCAAAUUCAACCAUGGCUUAGUAAUCUGCGCCAAAAACCAAAGCAAAAAGGGCGCCAAGGGGAAAGCGAACGAGCAAGAAACGAGGGAAAAAAAAAUGAACUUUUUUGCAAAACCCACAGUAUCUAUCGGAUUUGAAGCUCAAAGAAUGAACUAGAAUUGAUUCAAAGGGCGAAAUCCGAAACUGCCCAUUUCUCUGCAUGCCCAACACUUUGCUCGAAACACCCUUUGAAGAAGAAGACAUAGCUCUGUAUUUGGUGGUAUGACUCGAUUUCUUUGCCUGAAUUGAGAUUCUCCUUCUAAGCUUUUGGAUAUGAACUUGUCUGAGAAAGAGCUCGAAGAGCAGCUUAAGGAGAUUGGGAGUGAGCUUUCAAAUCCCCCUUCUUCCAUUGAUGCGCUUCUCAAAGCUCUUGAUAAAGCGGAGUGUCUUUUAACAAAUGUGGAGCAAUCGCCAACGAGAUCUAUGCGAGAUGCACUCCUGCCCUUAAUGAAGGUGUUAAUUUCGGAUAAGCUUUUGAAGCAUUCAGAAGAGGAUGUGAAGGUUACAGUAACAUCCUGCAUUACUGAAAUAACAAGAAUAACUGCGCCAGAUGCCCCUUAUGAUGAUGAAAAAAUGAAGGUGAUCUUUCAAUUGACUUUAGAAGCUUUUAGAAAGUUGUCAAAUGUAUCUGGUCGUUGUUAUACAAAGGCUUUAUCCAUUCUUGAUGCUGUUGCGAAGGUCCGUUUGUGCUUGGUGAUGCUGGAUCUGGAGUGUGAUACUUUGAUUCUUCAGAUGUUCCAGGACUUCCUAGAACUCAUUAGGUCCAACCAUCCAACUGCUGUUUUUUCAGCCAUGGAAGCGAUUAUGACUAAUGUCUUAGAUGAAAGUGAAGAAAUCUCCCCAGAUCUUCUCAGGCCUAUUUUAGCUAGCGUCAGGAAGGAAAAUCAGGAAGCAGCUUCUAUUUCAUGGAAACUGGGAGAAAAGGUUAUGUCCAACUGUGCUACUAAGCUCCAGCCCUAUCUUAUGGGUGCAGUUCAGUCUCUUGGUGCUUCUUUGGAUGACUAUGAUCCCAUAGUUAUGUCUAUAUGCCAAAAUGGAACUGAUGCUGCGGAUCAUUUGGAAAAUGAAAAUAUCGAAGAGAAGGGGAUGAAUUCGAACGAGCCAAUGCUGGUGACACAGACGCAUACACCAGAUGCAAGUAUUGAAGAGAAUCCUCGAACUGAUGCUGCUUCUGAAUCGUUGAUAUCCCAUGGUACAGUUGCAGCGGGGAAUGACAACAGACUGAAGGCAUCCUCAAGAAAAUCACAGAAAUGUAGUGAACAGUCAAAAAUGACAGAAACCAAAAUACCUGACAGUGUAGAAUCUAUGAAGGCAGAGGACACAUUAGACUCUGUACCAAAGAAACGAGGCAGAAAACCCAACUCCUUAAUGAAUCCAGAUGAAGGCUAUGAUCAUUAUUGGAUCGGAAAAGGACGGGAAAGGUCCAGGCUAUCCAAUCGCAAAAAGUCCAAUGACCAAGAAACUAAAUUUUCUCCUGUAAGCCUUAGUGUAGAAAAGGUUUCUUUGCCAACAGAGGUAGAAAAGGAGUCUUCUGGACAUGCUGCAGAAAAACACAUAGAGUCUGAAGAUGAAGUGGUAAAUGAGAACGUGAAAAAGAUGGAUGAAACAACUCAGGUGAGGUCAAGGAAAUCUAAAGCUGGUAAGUCUAGGAAGGAUAAAUCAACUGAAUUUUCUCCUUUAGGCCCAAGAGUUGAAAAGGCUUCUUUGCCAACAGAGGAAAAAAAGGAGUCUCCUGCACAUGCUGAAGUGAAACAUAUGCAAUCUGAAGAUGAAGUGGUAAAUGAGAAUAUGAAAAAGAUGGAAGAAAAAGUUCGGGUGAGGUCAAGGAAAUCUAGUAAGUCUAGGCAGGAUGAAGCAACUAAAUUUUCUUCUGUAAGCCCAAAAGUAAAAAAGGCUCCUUUGUCAACAGAGGUAGGAAAGGAGUCUUCUUCCCAUACUGAAGAGAGACGUAUACAAGUUGACGAUGAAGUGGUAAAUGAGAAUAUGGAGACGAUGGUAGAAAAAGCUCAGGCGAGGUCAAGGAAAUCUACAGUUGGCAAGUCUAGGAAGGAUAAGGCAACUAAAUUUUCUUCUGUGAGCCCAAGAGUACAAAAGGAUUCUUUGACAACAGAGGUAGAAAAGGAGUCUUCUGCACAUGCUGAAGAGAAACCUCUUCAAUUGGAAGAUGAAGUGGUAAACGAUCACAUGAAAAUGAUGGAAGAAAAAGCUCAGGCGAGGUCAAAGAAAUCUACAGUUGGUAAGUCUAGGAAGGAUAAGGCAACUAAAUUUUCUUCUGUAGGCCCUAGAGUACAAAGGGAUUCUUUGACAACAGAAGUAGAGAAGGAGUCUUCUGCACAUGCUGAAGAGAAAUCUGUACAAUCGGAAGAUGAAGUGGUAAAUGAGCACAUGAAAAUGAUGGAAGAAAAAGCUCAGGCAAGGUCAAAGAAAUCUAAAGUUGGUAAGUCUAAGAAGGAUAAAGCAAUCCAUGAUCCUGGAUGUGUUGUUUCAGAAGAGAAAGUAUCUGUUCCCUCUGAUUACAAAGAAAAACGGUCAGUGCAUUUGGUUAUGAAGUUGAGAGUGAAGAGCACCAAUGGGGAUGGGUCAGUAGUCCAAAAAGAUGUUAUAGUGAAAUCCAUCGAUACUAAUAUGGAUAAGAACAUUCAUAAACCAUCAACCUGUGAGGUAAAAGAUUCCAAAUCUGCCAAGUUAGAUGGUGAUGAUUACUUGGAAGAAACCCCCCAGGCAAAAGCUACAAGGAAGCAUGCCAUUGUGGAAAAAGAGGUAAUGGGCAUAUCAAGUGCUGGAGAGGAAUUGGUUGGUAGGAGAAUAAAGGUUUGGUGGCCCCUGGACAGGAUGUUUUAUGAAGGCGUUGUUCGUAGCUUUGAUCCUGUCAAGAAAAAGCACAAGGUGUCAUAUGAUGAUGGUGAUGAAGAAAUAUUAAACCUCAAAAAGCAACGAUAUGAGCUCAUUGGUGCUGAUCCUCUGCUAGUUGGAGAUGAGGAAAUGGAUGUCCCAAAAUCUGAAGCUUCGUCUGAUAUACUGAGAAAGAGAAAAAGGAAAAACAUGUCAGAAUCAGACAAGAAGGAAAAAACCAGUUCUUCAACCAGAAGAGAUAGAGCUUCAGCCAAGUGGAAAUCUGAAGUUAAAUCAGCAAAGUCGAGCGAGAAAGUUGCCAAUAGUUCCAUGCUCAAGAAGUCUGUUAUCUCCGAUGAAUCAAUGGAUGAUGCAGGGAGCGUCGAUAAUAGUACAAAAGGAAAUGAUAAAAAGCUCAUAGACUUGAUAAAAAACAGUAGACUAAAGAUUAACUUAAAGUCCAAGCAGAAUGCAGCAAGCAGGGAAUAACAUCCCGAGAAACAAAGAAGAACCUCUUGCCACCAAGAAUUUAGCAGUAUUAGAGGUACGAGAACUGCAUACCAUCGUUUUGCCAGUUAGGAAAGACCAUAGGCCAGCUUAGUUCCUUUUCUUUUGUGUCUUUAGAAGUAGAAAUGAAAAACAGUCUUUCAUCUAACCAGUCUUGUAAACAGUAGAGCCACCAUAUAUAAACCUCCCAUGUGUAAAUCAGUUGCUGAAUGAUAACAAAAGCAGAUAGUUAUUAUGUCAAAGCUGCUCAUCCUAACAUGUGCAGAUAAUUUAAGUUUUAACAGUUGAUCCAUUGACAUAGAUCAGUCACUAGAAUACGUAGGUUGUAUACCGAAAUUUCGAGCUUCCUCACUGUAACCUGUGGCUGUUUCGUAAAUCUGUAGCUGUUGAAAGCCUAGCUUCUUACUCAACCUAGAAUAAUUAUCUUUUUAUAAGAAACUGAACUUUCAUUCAAAAAAAUGAAAUUCUGAAACGAGCAACAUACGUAGUUGCCAUCA